GUGUUGCGUAAUGGUUGUCCGAAAAUGAUUUGAAGAAAAAUGAGAAAGAUAAUAGAUUAUUUAUCUAUUAACAAAUGUCAAACCGUCAAGAGUAGUGAGAUUGUGAUAACACUUAAAUUUUGUGUACACAAAAUGGAAAACAGAUGUUGCUCUGCGUUUCUGUGGCUUUUUGGAGUAGGUCUUUUUGUUACAAGUGUUGUAUUUGACUGGAUUAACUUCGUCGAACUACGUAAAAACGAUGAAGAAAUUGAAUCAACGGGGAAAAAGCCCUGCGACUUUGCCCUUAAUAAAUAUCAUUGGAUUUUCAUGGCAUCUGUGAUAAGUAAAAUGUUCUUCGGCAUUCUAGAGUAUAUAUUUAGUGCACUUUCAUUGUGUGAACAAAAUGAUGACAACAGUAUGAUGGACACCAUUUCCCUGUUUUUCAACGUGAUAACAACCGUUUGCCAAGCUCUAGAUUUACUGCUGUUAGUUCUGUUUUCAUAUUAUUGCCUAGGUGAUGACCAGAUACACCACGUCGUCAAAGCAUUUAUCAGUGAUGCAAAAGAUGAUUUCCUUGCAGGUGUAUUAGGAACAGCUGGUAUUAUUUUCAAUCUAGCGAUCAAAAAGAACAUUUUGACUGUGUUUAAAUCCAUAUGCUGCUCAAAUCAUUCCGGUAAAUGUCACAAAAGGUUAUCAUGUACAUCUUUGUUCUUUGUACUUGUUUGUAUAGGGCUAGCAAUUGCUUUACUUCUUAAAAUCCUUUAAAUUUUCACUUUCAUGUAGUUUUGACGACCUGUACAUCUUUCUUUUUUGUAUGUGUUUGUAUAGGCCUAGCAAUUGCUUUGCUUCUUAAAAUCCUUUAAAUUUUCACUUUCAUGUACUUUUGUCGACCUGUACAUCUUUGUUUCUAGCCUUUGUUUAAGGCUAGAAACUGCUCUGCUUCCUAAAAUACUUUGAAUUCUUACUUUUAUGUAGUCGUUAACGUCAUGUACAUAUUUGUUUAUCGUGUUUAUUUAUAAAGUGCUAACAAUUGCGUUUAAUUCUUAAAAUGCUUUGAAUUUUUACUGUUCAUGUAGCUGUAACGUUUACUAUUUCAUUAUAAUUGUAAUUUGAUCCUUAGAGGUGUACUUGAUGAACAUUAUCGGAAUACUUUCUAAAAUCUGUCAUUGUUUGUGUAAAAUAUAGUAUAAAUUUGUAAAAUGCCAGGAAUUUUUAAUUUGUGCAAAAUAGUUUAUCUAAUGUUAUUCUUUUUGUAUUUUAAUACCCAAGUCGAGUUUACAUGGUAAUACAAACAUUUUUACCAAACAACGUAACAUUCAGGCAAGUCUAUGUCUUCAAGGCGUAUAAACUGUUAUGUUAUUGCUGUUGUUUUGUUGUUAAAGAUAUUUUUAAGUGAUAAAAACAUCAAGAUAAAUCAAAUAUGAAAUUGAUGAAGGGUUGAAAGAACUUUUGACAUUGAAAUGGUUGAUAAAUCUCAUAAAUUAUUUUAAUGAUUUUACAGGAUUUCUUUUGAAUAAGUUUUAUUAAUUUAUUCAUAUAGCAUCGGGUGAUGUUUUCUUUGGUAUCUUUUAAAUAUUUUAUAGAAAGAUUUAUCGUACGAUGUUCAUUUCUAAUAACAUGUCGAAAUAUUUAUUACUUUAAGUAUUAUUGCAUUACAAAUGGCUCUGUGUUUCUGGGUACUAAAUUGGACUGAGUAGUUGUCGUCCUUCGUUGUUGAUCUUUCCUUACAUUUUGUUAUAAAUAGAAAAAAAUGUGCAAGCGUUUAAACACUUUUAAAUCAGUUAAUGUAAUCAUUUUCAUACGCCAGAAAAAAUGACCUGGACUGUUAUACAUGGUCUUCCGUCCGUCCGAUCGUGCGUCUGGUAACAGUUUUCGUAUCUGGUCUGACAAUUUAAACUAGUAGUCAGAAAUGUUAAAUAUAAUGAGACGAUGUGUAGAGUGCAAGUUUGACUUUCAGCAGGUCAAGGUCACACUAGGUAAUUUUAAAUGAAUUUCAAAAAUUCGUGCCCGCUUUGCAUCUUUUGAAGCGAUAAAAAAAGAUUAAAACUUGUUUGGGUAUUUUUUAAUCAAAAUUGGCACAGAGGAAUACGUAUUUAAGUUUCAAUGUGUGAAACCUCAAUGCCUAGAGUUUUGAUAUUUAGCAUGUAUCAUUGCCUUAAUGCCCUUUACAAAACUGAUAUGAAUUGUGUCCCUUAGUUCAAUAAUUGCACCGCCCCAGGGGUCACUUGAUUGAUUUAGACCUAACGAACAUAUUUGAGACAUAUUGUGUGAAAGUACGAUUAUUUUGCAUUUGAUAUCAAUUUGUUUGCCACAAAAAUAACUGGUAUUAAUCAUGUCCUCAGGCCUCAUUUGUCUCUAAGGUAAUAUACUUUUGAAUAGGAAAGUGUACAUGGUCAUUGAACUGGUAAAAAUCAAAAUAAUAUAACUUGAUAUUUUUGCCAUAAUUGUGUUCAAUUUUGUAUUUUAAUAUGACACAAAAAGUCAAUUAUCCACCUGAUGAAGGGAAUUUGAUAAUGUGUAAUCAACAGUUUUCGACAU